CAUUUUUCCUCGACGACCACCCACACAGAGAGAGGGUGGCAGCUCGGAGAGGGAGCUGGAGCUUUGGGUGGGAGGCGGCGGAGUUGAGAGGAGGACGCCGCCAUUGCAGCCACAGCUGGCCGCCCGAGAUAAAUCUCAUACCAUCCCAAACUCUUUCCAUAUUCACUGGCUUUGCUUUUUUCCCCUCUGGUUUGUCCCGCUUUUGUCGGGUCUCGAGGAAAUACAAAAACAAGAUGGACGUUUCGUCUUCGCUGACAGUCGAAAUGUGGAGCCCCAGCGCCGAACAAAAGCAGACUCCCACAGUUGCCUCGCCUGUCCGGUGGUCCAGUCUCUCACCAUGAACGCCAGUAGGAACUGCACCUCAGUGGGGAACGGCGAUGGUCUGGCGGUCCUGGAGACGGUGUCCAUCGUCACCAUCACGCUCCUGGCCUGCCUGGGGAACCUGCUGAUCGUGGCCACCCUCUACCGCCGACCGUACCUGCUCACGCCCAGCAACAAGUUCGUGUUCAGCCUGACCCUGUCCAACCUGCUGCUGUCCGUGCUGGUGCUGCCGUUUGUGGCCGUGAGCUCGGCGAAGCGAGAGUGGGUCUUCGGGGUGGUGUGGUGCAACUUCACCGCGCUGCUCUACCUGCUCAUCAGCUCGGCCAGCAUGCUGACCCUCGGCGUGAUCGCCAUCGACAGGUACUACGCCGUGCUCUACCCGAUGAUCUACCCCAUGAAGAUCACAGGGAACAGGGCGGUGGUCGUCAUCGUCUACGUGUGGCUACACUCGCUGGUGGGCUGCCUGCCCCCGUUAUUCGGCUGGUCCUCCUUCGAGUUUGACUGUUUGAAGCGGACGUGCGUCGCGGCCUGGUCCAGAGAGCCGAGUUACUCUGCCUUCUGGGUCACCUGGUGCAUCCUUCCGCCCUUCUUCAUCAUGUUGGCCUGCUACGGAGUCAUUUUCCGCGUAGCUCGCAUGAAAGCCAGAAAAAUCCACUGCGGGACGGUCAUUGUAGCCCAAGAAGACUCAGCUGGAACUCAGAGAAACGGACGCAAGAACUCAAGCACUUCAACUUCCUCCAGCGGGAGCAGACGGAGCCUCGUGUACGCAGGGAGUCAGUGCAAGGCCUUUGUCACCAUCCUGGUGGUGAUCGGCACCUUUCUCAUAACGUGGGGGCCGUACGUUGGGGUGGUGUGUACAGAGGCCCUGUGGGGUCAGGGCAGCGUCUCCCAGGAGCUGGAGACUCUGGUGGCGUGGCUCUCUUUCUGCAGCGCCGUGUGCCACCCGCUCAUUUACGGCCUGUGGAACAAAACGGUGAGGAAGGAGCUGCUGGGGAUGUGCUUCGGCGAUCGUUACUACAGAGAGUCGUUUGCCACAAGGCAGCGGACGUCCCGAAUCUUCAGCAUCUCUAACAGGAUCACAGACUUGGGUAUGUCCCCGCACCUAACCGCAAUGCUGGCCGGAGGAGAACACCUGUUGACCCCAGGAAGCAGCACAGGAGACACCGGCUUCAGCUUCACUCAGGACUCAGGCACCGAUGUGAUGCUGCUGGAGAACUCCUGCACAGACGGCUCCUCCUUCCCCUCACAAAACGGGAAUCCAUCCGGGAAGAGGCGGAGCUCGGUCACCUUUGAAGACCAGGUGGAGCAUUCCAAAGCUGAAAACUCGUCUUCAGCCCAAGUCCACGCUGGGAUUCACAAAUCUCUCGACUCGUUCGCUUCCUGCUUGGCGAAGGUCAUCGAGAGCGACGCCAAGCUCGCGCUGUUCGAGCAGAGUCUGUUGCCGCAGGGGGGAGGGCUCUUUGCGACGAGGGGGGCGCCGAAGCCCAGACACCCGGAUGGUCAGAGACUGAGGCUGGAGAGCAUCGACGAAGGCAUCGUCAAGGACAACAGGGAGGAGGAGGAGAAGAAGCUCAUCUGAUCGCUGCAGGUUUGGCCUUCGACUGCACACUAAAACACACUGUGGUACGGCUGAUGAAUUCUGGAUUCUCCGACAUUAUUGGCAGACAGGAAGAGGCACUUUUUCACUCAAAGGAACGCCGUCAGUGUCCGGGCGAAUUCUUCUGUCAUAUUUGUACUCUUAAUAGGAAUUUUGUACUACUGUAACCUUACAUGGUAAUGUUGUUUUGCUACACAUUUUUUUUAUUAUAUAUUUUUAGUAUUUUAAUGUGCUGUGGUCAGUUUGAGUUAAAAUAAAAACAGAGAAAUUGAAAAAAAAAAAAAAAAAAGAACUAGUACAUUUUUCUCCUCAGAUUCACUCUGCUAGUUUCUCUAAUGCAGAUGUUUACGGUCCAAUUAGGUUCUGUUGCAGCAAAGCUUCUUGACCCAGUUUUAGGUUUUUUGUGCUCGAUGACUUAAAGGAUUAGCAGCAAAAAGGGAACCUGGUCAGCACCGACCGGAUAGGCUGUUAUUUUUAUGAUGCUUCUAUGCCUUGGGAAUAUAAAUUUAUUUAUUUUUUCAGGUUUGAUCAGUAUAAAAAAAAAAAAGUAAUGUAUUGAUUCAAAAUACUUUAUUCAUGCAUAUUUUUUCUGAAGACUAAAAUGAAAUCCUCAUUCUGACUUCAGGAUAAAAUAAUCAUAAAUAAAUUUCAUUUUUAUGUGAACUUGGCUACUUAAAAAAAAACUAACUUUUCAGUCAGGCUUAAAGCACAUGCAUGAUGCACCAAUCAGGCAUAAACUCUUUAUCAGUGCACUCCUGACUUCUAUAGAUUGGACUUGUUUGUCCAGAUUAACAUGAUUGCAUUGAGAUCUGGGGACAUGGAGUCCAAGUAAACCUUAAAGAAGUGAUUCCUCAAACCAUUCCUGACUCAUUUUGCCAUUUUGUGUCAGGCCGCAUUAUUCAGGGAAUAUUUCCUCCACCCUUAUUGAUCUGCAGCUUCUUAUGCAACCCAUCUGUUCAACUGAGCAACACAGGGCAACUUUGACCCCCCGUGUGCAGCAGUGAACUCUGGUAAACCACGGUUUCUUCGCUGGGCCUCUUUUGAUGGACACUUGGGAAUGAUAUGACCCAGUUCUGAAGCCAUCACAAUUCAGUUCUCAUCAGAUUAUCAAACGCUGAGUGUUUCCUGUUUUUCUGCUCUUAACAUACCAGGAAAAGGUCACUUGUUGCCUUAGUUACCCUACCAUCUUUUCUUUACUUUAUUCAGUUUUACUCAGAAUUUCAACAUAGUCUCACCAGUUCAGGUUUAUAAAAACCAGAAUGGAGUCGUUUAAAUGUGCAGAUUUAUCUAAAAUGUUGAAAAUCACCUCAGGAAUCAGAAAGAUGAUUUUUGAAAAGCCUGAAACUUUAAACAUAAAAAAUAUGUAGAAAUGGUCUUGAUUUUAAUACAAAUCCUUUAAAUACAUUUGCUUCAUCUUGUUCAUUUUUAUGUUCUGGUCUUUAAUUUUAGCAAAUGCAGUUUGAUGUCAGGCCAAACUAAGGUCGUAAAAGUUCCAGUUACAUUAUAUUGUUUUUUUUAAUUAUUUACAAACAAUUAAUCAAAAUUGAAAUCACAGAUAAAAAAAUAGUCAGUUUUAUACAAAAUGUCCUGUUUAGUUCAGUUUCAGGGUUUCUUUUUUAGUCCAUUCAGAUUCAGCAUGAACCCUUUACAUUAGAGAAGAAAACUGAUGCAGUUCAGCAGCAGAGCAGAGGUACUAAAAAUGGUCUCUAGUCAGUCCCUAAACUGACUGCUGUAGCAAAUAUUUCAGAAAUAAAUUAUGCUGAACUGAUGGUUCACAGUCAGCCUACAGAAAUGUUUUCAGAGGUACAUGUAGCUCAUCCAUUUCUACACUCUUAUUUAUGAAACUCGUAUUAUAACGUUAUUCCCUCAUCAAAGACAUACCUGGAAUGUAUUUAUGAAAUUCAGUUUUAUUUUGUGUAUUCUCUUAUUUUUUUCAACUGGUACUUUUUUAGUAGGAAAAAAAAACUACACAUGAGAAGUGACAUAAUCUUCGAGGUUCACUUCAUUUCCUAUUGUAACUAUAGAUACAGAUAUUUGUAUUAAAAGUUUUUACCAUCAAACAUGUCUGCUUUGAGUGGAACUCAGUAUUUCCGUUUGUGAAGGUUGUGUGUCUCUGCCAAUUCAAUUUAAUUCAAAGUCAAAAAUACUUUCUUUAUUGACCUUAACGGGAAAUUAUAAAUGUUGCUGUACCUCGUACAAUCAAAGAUUCGUCAGAGAUCUCCUGAAGCAGUCUGUAUUACAGCUAAUCUGAAGGAACCUCUGACUGAAGACGCUGUUUUUCUAUGAAGAGGAUGCUCAGGCUUGUUCAUGAUUUUCUUUAUUUUAUGUAAACUCAUGAAGACGCAAGAAAAAUGAAAGGAAGUAUCAGUAAUUUAGUUUAACUCAGAGUAAAGUCAAUAAAACUUUACGUGUUUAUAUUUUGGACAGUAGGACGAACGUCAAGAUGCAAUCUUUGGACUGUUUAUGAUGCUGCAACAACAGAGGAAGUUAUUUAAAGUGUUUCUUAUACAUCUUUACCAGGGAUGUCAACAAUAAUGCAGGCCUCUAUCUAAUUAAGCUAAAUGUUUAAACGAAGUUUGAUGCUGAUUUUGGACCAAAACAAAACAAAAAGAACUCAAAUCACAUCUUACAGUUGGGGAUACAUCCGACUGAUGUUACAGCUCUGUUUAUUGUGCAUUUGGCCAUAUUAGCUCGAUCGGUCACAAUAACUUAACGCUCCGUCUCUAGCAAAAAACCUUUUGUAGAGUUUAUCAGAGUAAAACUCUUAAACAUUUUUUUUUUUAACCCAAGUCAAAUAAGAAAGCAAACAAACACGUUUAAUGCAUGAAAAAUAAAUAAAAAAGGGCAGCUAAGUGAGAAAUACUUCAGCUUUCGAUAUUUUCCCAGAGACAGAGCCUGCGUUCAGACAACAGCUGCUAAAAAAACAAUAACAAAAAAAAACAGCAGCUCAGCGGCUGCUCUGUUACCGACCGCCGCGUUCUCGUCGCUGAUCACAGUUCUUUCCGUCCAAACUCUACAAAACAACAGAUUUAAAGCCUUUGUAUUUUAAUUAAAGUCUGUAUUCACAUGCUUUAAGUGCUGCAGCAGCACGUCAACAUUUCAUUGCUACAAAUUCAAAAAAUGUCAAACAUUAACACUGAUCCAACUCUCGCCUUCGCCAAACAAAUAAUAUUGCACUUUAACAUCCUUUCACACCAGCCGCUGUGAUUAGCACUCUAGACACACACUUUUAUAUACCCAUACUGGCGUCCUUUUUGCAGUCACACAGGUGUAGUUUAUCCUCAUACAGAAACAUCAGUAAGAAAGUUCUUUAAAAAAGAAAGAAAAAAAAA